UCCUGUAUUAUAUCACGUCAAAUUUGUAAACAAAAACAAUAGAUAACUUUUACAGUAACAAACAUCACUGAAUUGUGCUGUAAGCUGUAAUAAUCAUGGUUUUAUUUAAAAUUCUUAUUGGUGCAACAGGAAGUGUAGCAGCUAUCAAAAUACCUGUUUUAUCUAAAUUAUUAAUUGAUUCCAAAGAACAGGGUUUUGAUUUUGAGUUACAGGUGAGAAUAAUAAUGACUGAAAAUGCGAAGCAUUUCUUCGAAUUAUCCGAACUUCCUCCUUUAGUGGAUGUGUAUGAUGAUGCUUCAGAAUGGAAUUCGUGGAAGGGCCGAGGAGACCCUGUAUUACACAUCGAACUUGGCAAGUGGGCUGAUUUGAUGGUGAUUGCUCCUUUGGAUGCUAACACUCUUGCGAAAAUGGCACAGGGAAUUUGCGACAACCUCCUCACAUGUACAACUCGAGCAUGGGACCUCUCCAAACCACUUCUCUUCUGCCCAGCAAUGAACACAAGGAUGUGGGAGCACCCUAUUACCUCCAAACAGAUUACCACUUUGAAGGAAUGGGGUCAUAUAGAGAUCCCUCCAAUAGAGAAGACGUUGAUGUGCGGAGACAAGGGAGUGGGGGCAAUGGCUGAGGUCACGACUAUUGUGGACAGGAUAAAGACAGUUGUUAGUUCAAAAUCAUGAUAUUUGUGUGUUGUUUACGAAACUACUUAAUUCCUAGAUGCGGUUAUGGGAAAUUAAAUUAUUUGUAUAAAUAUGUAUGUGAAAUGGAGAUUGAAAUGUGAUAAUUUAUUGUAGUUGUUUUGUUAUAUUUUU